AUGGCUACAAGAGACAGAGAUAGAUUUCGCAAGUAUGAAUCAGGUGCAUCAAAAGCGAGGAAACGCAAUUUAAGAGAAGAAUUUGAUAAAACACAAGCAGGCGCGUUGGACAAGUACAUACGCUAUCCAAAGGAAGUUGGUAAACAACAAAAAAAUGUUGAUUUGGUUGUGGAUUCCAAUGUCGCAAAUGUGGAACGUAACAAAAAGGACUACAAUGAGAGUACUACCAUUUGUGGUGAUGACAGUAAUAAUGAAUCCUCGCGUCAUUUAUUGUCAGCUGCAAACCCCCCGAAUUUUGACAAUAGGGACAAAUCAAGCGGCCUUUCUGAAAAUGAUUCUGGCGAAGAUAAUUCAUUCCCAAUGAUCGUAAAGGAUAUAUACGAUCCGGGUAAUUGGGAACAUAUGUCUAAUGCCCUUCGGAGUUUGCUGUUGGAGAAAGGUCCGAUCAGAUUACCUGACGACCAUGAUUAUCCAAUAGAUAUGGAAAAGAGACACUUUUCAAGGAAUUUUUAUAUUCGGAAGAUGCCAAACAAAGAAUGUGUAGAUAGGCGAUGGUUGGUUUAUUCUCAAAUAAAAGAUGCAGCAUUUUGUUUUUGUUGCAAGCUGUAUGGAAAAUCUUCCGCGGGAAAAUUGUCAAACGGGGUUGUAAUGACUGGAGACAUCUUGGACAAAAACUGGAAAAACAUGAGCUUUCUGCAGAACAUAUUAACAAUAUGA